UUUAAAGAGGCGGGGUCAAGUGAUUUUGCAUAGAAUUACAUCUCAGUUGCCUUAAGAGCAUGGAUUUCCGAAAAGCAAGUUCAUACGUAAACAAUCUGAAUAAAUAUAAGAACAGAUCUUCAAAUAUCCGCUAAUACCACAAAUGAGGCUUGGAACGCACUGAAUACUGUAACGUGCAACAAUUGCGUCGUUGUCUUGGUGAACUAUACAUGGCAAUGCUGUUUUCGCGUUCGGUUUUGCGUACUUUUGGUUCACUGUUUCAGAUUCCCACUUCCCGCUCUUUUUUCCCUGCUGUCAAACUGUGCAGACGCUGGAGGAUGGCGAACAGCAUGGGCCAACGCAUGGUGUGGGUAGACCUUGAGAUGACAGGCCUGGACAUUGAAAAGGAUCAAAUAAUUGAAAUGGCUUGCCUGAUUACAGACUCUGAUUUGAACAUUAUCUCUGAAGGCCCUAAUCUCAUAAUCCACCAACCAGAUGAAUUACUAGAUGGUAUGUCUGAUUGGUGCAAAGAACACCAUGGAAAGUCUGGACUUACCCAUGCAGUACGUCAAAGCCACUUGACAUUACAGCAAGCAGAGUAUGAGUUUCUGUCUUUCAUUAGAUUGCAUACUCCACCUGGGCUCUGCCCUCUAGCAGGAAACUCCGUGCACGCAGAUAAGAAGUUCCUGGACAAAUACAUGCCACGGUUUAUGACACACUUACAUUACCGGAUCAUUGAUGUGAGCACUGUUAAAGAACUUUGCAGGCGUUGGUAUUCUGAAGAAUAUGUGCUGGCACCAAAGAAAACAGGAUCCCAUAGGGCACUGGAUGAUAUUAAAGAGAGCAUAAAUGAGCUGAAAUUUUAUAAGGAUACUAUUUUCAAGCAAAACGUUGACGAGAACAAAAGAAAAUUAUUAGAAAAUGGUGAUGUUCCCAAGGAGUCUGUGACUGCUAGUUAAAGUUGACAGACUGACACAAAGAGAAUGUAUACACUAGUGGCUUUGAUAUGGUUGGAUAUUCUGUACAAGAAUAUCAGGAAAAUGGUUAUGAACAUGAAAACACAGGCCUACGUAUUAAACACAAACCUUUUAUUACACAUUUUCCUCAGCAUAUUUAAAGCAGUUUCCAGAAAAAAACUGA